AUGACGUCGACCAUGGCGGCUUUUGUCUUUCUUGUUCCGGAGGCCCUGCGUGAGGCGUGGUCCGAGAUGCUUCCCUUAGCGGGGCUGCUUGUGUCCAAGCUUUCGGACUCGAACGCCUUGGUGAAGCUCAGAGCCAUGGCGCACACAUUGCAACGUCUUGGCUGCUUCUGGUUCUUAAGUCCAGCUAUUCAAGCUCUUUCAUCUAUAGAACCCUACCAGCAAGGCCUCCACGAUGCCAAGCGUCUCCUAGACCUGCCGUUCCUCCUCGUUGGUGAAAGCCAAGGGUUGCCGAAGCUUUGUUCUGGCUUGGACAUGACCAUAGGCGUGGCUGCUGAAACCUUUUUCUUCCUCAGAGACUUGGGGCGCUCUAGUCUGUUUCGGUUUGCUGCUCACUGCUUGCAAUCCUUCAAAGAGACAUUCUCGCCUUCAAACGCCCAACCCAAGAUGGAUGGGGGCGUACUGCCAAUCGUAAUUGCAGGCCGGGCCUUGAACCGCAGCUUGGAAGAGGGCUUGACGGGUCAAACCACGCAGCAGCUGACCACCAUGAUCCUGCUGAAGCAUCGCAACCCUGACCUUGAGAACCUGGACGUCUUAGAAGAGAGUUUGCGGCGUGCAGCUGAUUAUUUAAAGCAAAGCCUGGUCACCCGAAGUCUGUUGCAUGAGCAGAUGGUGAAGCAGGUUCGCACAAAGUUCUGCGAUCACAUUCAGAGGGUGGCUGUGAUUGUGAAGGUAAUCUUAGUUGUUCUCAGCGGACAGGACCUUUUAGUGCUCUCCCACUGUGCGGAGCGGAACAUCCUUCCUACUAGCAGCGGUGAUGGCGAUGGCGAUGGCGAAAUCCCGCUAGCAGAGGGAAUAGGAGCAGUAGAAGUCCUCAUGGUUGGCAAUGCAGCCGACAGGAUUGCCACCGGCCGGUUUAAAUGCAAAGAACGUGGACAAAACAUGCUCUGUUCCAGCCGCCUUUGGCUCAAGCCAUACUUGGAAAACGGAGGAUCAGACAGCGCAGACGGGAAGGGUCUGCAGGAGCUCGCCAAGCGUGUCGAAGACCAGGACGUGAGGCUGAAGAGCCAGCAGAAGGAACAUGCACUGGAGACUGCAGCUUUGAAGCGCCGGGUGGAGGAGCUGCUGUGGAAGCUCCUGUGGGCGUACCUCUGCCACUGCUCAGCCUCGUGUCCGAGUAUGCUGCAGGAGUACGACCUGGCUUUGGACAGCCUCGGUAAUCUCAUUGAAGACGUGGCACGGAGCGUGGUGUUUCCGACUUGGAACGCACUCGCCACUUUCCCAGAAGGUGUACAGAUCGAGAAGGCGUUCAACAGCUGUGCUGAGGCGAGGCCAGUGAGCAUACAGAUCACGAGUCUCGAGAAGGAGAAGAGGACCAUGGGGGUGGCACUGGAAGUGCUUCCGCCAAAAAACCGUCGCGUGGAGACAAUUGCGCAGAUGCUGCGGACGGAGGCGCUGGCUCAGGCCCAGGCCUUUGAAGCAAAGCUGGCAUCGAUGGAAGCUGGACAUUCUGCCGAAGCCAAGAGGUGGCAAGGGAUGCUGUCAUCUUCGUUCAUGCAGCUUCAGGCUUUACAGCGAUCAAUCUCCCAACUCGAGAGUGGUUUAGCACCGCUGGGCCCAAAGGGUGGCUCUACGGUGUUGCCACAACCACAAGCGCUUGCAAAGUUGCAGGGCGACGAAGGCAGAGCCGAGAGGGAGCUCAGCGCAGUUGAGAAGCUACGCGAGGACUUGGCCCGGAAGCUGCGGGGCAUCGUCUCGUCUGUGAAUGGGGCCCUGGGAGCAUUAGAGUCCCAGGCCGAGACCGCAACACGAGGUCAGUCCCCGAAGCGACCACAGAGCCCUGUGACGUUGCCCUUGAAUCCCGUCGGCACCAUCGAGAAGCAGAUGAGGCAGAGAUCCGAAAUGGACCCACGGGCGCGCUCGCCUCCAAAGGGAAUUCAGGUGAUGACAGGUCCCCUUGACGUCAAAGAGGACUGA